AUGGGAAAAAAGAGAUAUUAUUGUGAAUAUUGUCAAAAACAUCUUGUUUAUGGAGGAACUAGAAGCAGAAAAGAGCAUAUUCUUGGAAAAAAACACAAAGAUAAGAUGGUUGAAUAUUUUAAACAAUUUGAGGCAAAUAUUUUGCAACGUAUGAUUGAUAUGGUCGUUCUUGACUAUCAAACAAAUGGACCAAAUACAACAACCCAAAUACCACAAUAUACACCAUAUCUUUCAACUUGGGAAAAACAAAGUAAAUUACAAUACCAACAGAUUGCAGAAUCAAUGAAUUGA